AUGGAGCCCCAGUUUACUGGAAUACUAACCAUAAAGGAAGGAGACAAAUAUCAAGCACAAAGUCGGUUUCUAGAGGCAAAGCAAAUUUUUGAAAGUGCACUCGCCAUCACGGAAACGACUGGCCGCAGAAGAGAAGAAGCAGUGGCUCAAUGGAGACUUGGAAUUGUUUGUAAUAACUUUCUUGAAAAAAAGAAGGCAAAAGAGCACCACGAGAAUGCACUUGACAUCGCGAUAGCAAUUGGCGACAGACAAGGAGAAGGAACAACUAAAGAAUAUCACGAGAAAGCACUUAGCGUCGCAGUAGAAAUUGGCGAGAGGGAAGGGGAAGAAGCCAGUUACGGGAACCUCGGAACUGUGUUUCAAUCCCUUGGCGAUUAUUGGAAGGCUAAGGAAUAUUACGAGAAAGCAUUGAUCAUCGCAGAAAAGCUUGGAGACGGAAAAACGGGUCCAAGAUACUUUAGCCUAGGAGCUGUUCAUCUCAACCUAGGCAAGUGCUGUCAAGCUAAAGAAGAUUUCGACAAAGCACUCGACGUGAGCAAAAAUACUCGUAAUAGAGUAGUAGAAGCAAACAGUCUCGCAGGUUUAGCUGCUACUUUUGCUUCUCUUAAUCAAACACAGAAGGCAAAAGAAUGUUGUGAGAAGGCACUUGCCAUCAUCAAGGAACGUGGCAAUAGAGCUAGCGAAGCAGAAAUUUACCGAAGCCUUGGAAAUAUAUUCUUCUCUCUUGGUGAAAGUGACAAGGCAGAAGGGUACUUUGACAAAGCUCUCUCCAUAAGCAGCAAAAUUGGAGACAAAAUGAUUGAGUUUCAAACCCUUCUCUGUAUCUCAAAGUUAAAGGCAUCGCAAUCAAAGCUUGUGGACGCAAAACAAGAUCUUCUUCAGUGUAUUGAAAAAUAUGAAGAAAUAAGAAUUUUACUGAAAGAAGACAAAGAACUUCGAAUACCUUUGUUAGAGGAACACAGUACUCAUCCCUACAAGUUGUUAACUUAG